AUGGUGGGUUCAUUGACUAGGGCUCCAUUACUGGCACAAGAACAUGUACUUGCUGAAAGAAAACGUCGUGAAAAGAUCAGCCAGAGCUUCUUAUCUCUUGCAGCACUAAUUCCUGGCCUGAAAAAGAAAGACAAGAAUUCAGUUCUUGGAGACGCUAUCGAAUACUUGAAGCAACUUCAAGAGCGAAAGGCAAGGCUGGAGGAACAAGUUGCUAAGAGAACAGUGGAAUCAGUAAAAUUUGUGAAGAAGACCACCCAAUUUUACGCGCAAGAUGAUCAAACAUCUUCCUCUGAUGAGAACUUCGGUACCCAAUCUAAAAACCCAUUCCCCGACAUCGAAGCAAGAGUUUCAAACAAAGAUGUGCUGAUUAGAAUCCACUGCGAGACCAACAAAGGGUGCAUAUCAAACAUCAUAAACGAAGUAGAAAAGCUUCAUCUCUCCGUGCUUAAUAGCAAUGCCUUGCCUUUUGGACAAGCUACUCUUUAUAUAACCAUUGUUGCUCAGAUGGAAGAUGAGUUUUCGAUGACAUUGAGGGAUCUUGUGAAAACCCUACGAGAGGGUUUGCUCAACUUCAUGUGAUAAUUAACUUUGUAAAACCAUGUGAUCUUAGGGAAAAUAAACUCUAUAGAGAUUUUUUCCCCUCUUCCUUUCAUUUUUAUUUUUGCAUCUCGUGAUUUUCUGUAGCUAAUAAUGGAAUCUGGGUUUUCGAUUUGCUGUAAAGAUUUUUAUUUAAUUUCUUUUCCAUUGAAGCUAAAAA